GCUGCUAUGCCUAGGAGUAGGACAAUUCAAGAAAGCAGAAUGAUGCAUAUGCUAUGGUAAUAUAUCAAUGGAAUCAUAGAAUUGUAGUCGGAAGGGACCACAAGGGUCAUCUAGUCCAACCCCCUGCAAUGCAGGAAUUUUUUCCUAAGGUGGGGCUUGAACCCACAACAUGGUUGAAAUAUUAUGCUGAUAUGCAGCAACGCCUCGGAGCCGUCGUGACUGCGGCCGUGCCUUGCCUUGCCCUCGCCCACCCUGUCACCCCCUCUUGCCUGCCCGACCCUCCUGUCCUCUCCAGCCAAGCAGGGUAGCCGCCGCCGUUGCCAGCCCCAGAAGCACAAGGUGGCCGCUGCCGCCGCCACGAUGUCGUCAGGCCAGCUGGCCCUGUAGCCCCGCCCACGUUCCCACUUUGUGGCCCCGCCCCUGAAUGAUCAUGGCUUGCCCCCCCCUAGUUUUGAUCCUGGCUACGCCCUUGUCAGUUGCAACAUUUAAUGCACUAGGAAAGAUUGUAAAAUGAGUCCCCCCCCCCCGCCCUCAAAUCCGACGCUGCACUCCAAACGUGGGCGCUUAAGGUGGCCGGGCUUCUUUGAAGUCCGCGCUCAGCGAUGAACGCCCGUCAGCAAAGGGUAGCAGGAACUUCUGGGAGUCAGUAGUAUCCAGGCGCCUUUGCUGGCGUAGCCUCCCCCUCCCCCCCCCUCGCACUAUAUAACUUUGCUUAUAUAAUAGCUUUCUUCCUGGAUUGAGACAUGGGUCAGGCAAGAGUCUGUGGGUUUCUUUGCAAACACUUCAAACGGGCAGGAAACUCUGCGUUGAAUGGGGGAAGCUGUUGGGGGUUCCUAUCCCAGGGUAAAAAAAAAAAAUGUAAGAAAUAAACCCUGUGAAUACUGUAGCUGUGCUCCUGCUGCAGUCUUGCCUUGUGGGGAUUUGCAUCUUUGCUGGGUGGGCAGCCUCAGCCAGGGCCUCUAGAGGUCCAGCUCCUGCAGCUUCUCCUGCUGGGCCUUUCUCCUUCCAGGGACCACCCAGCUGUCAUCAAACGGAGGUUCACCAGCGUCCUCAUUGUCUCCAGCCUCUCACCGAUCUUCAUCUGGGCCUGGAAAGAGGUGACAGGCAUUAAGAUGCAUCCCUUCUUGCCCUGAUGGGCUUCCGGCUUGAGGGCAUUAUACCAGCAACCGUGCUGCCUUUGCUGUUAACCAUGGUUCUAUUCCUUGGUCCUCUUAUCCAGCUCUCGAUGGACUGUCCUUGGGACCUGGUAGAAGGUUUGAAAGUUGCUUUCGACCCCAGCUUUUGGGUUCUCUGUCUGACUGACAUGCGCUGGCUCCGCAACCAGGUCAUUGCGCCCUUCACGGAGGAGCUGGUCUUCCGGGCUUGCAUGCUGCCCAUGCUCGUCCCUUGCACGGGAUUGGGGCCUGCUGUCUUCACCUGCCCGCUGUUCUUCGGAGUCGCUCACUUUCACCAUGUCAUUGAGCAGCUACGGUUUCGCCAAGGAAGCACAGCCAGCAUCUUCCUCUCAGCAGUGUUCCAGUUUUCCUACACAGCUGUUUUCGGAACAUAUACGGCCUUCAUCUUCAUCCGGACAGGGCACCUCAUUGGGCCUGUGCUCUGCCACUCCUUCUGCAACUAUGUCGGGUUCCCUGCUGUCGGCGCAGCCCUGGACCACCCGCAGCGCUGCCUGGUCGUCUUCUUCUACCUGCUGGGAGUGAUCCUCUUCCUCCUCCUCCUGCACCCCAUGACGGACCCCGCUUUCUUUGGCCACCUGCCCAUCUGCUCCCUCUCCAGACUGACUUCGCACACCAGCAGCCUCAGCAGCUUCUCUCUCUGCUCUUGACACCUGCCUGGGACCUUCUCCCAAUCUCCCCCCACCCCAUGCACCCUUGCGUCCACAGUGGCACACAGCACUGACGCUGUACACUUGCGCCGGUUUCGAGGCGGCUUUCUCCUCAUGGCCCCCACCCCUACCCUCCUUGUCCUCUUCUGCAAUUGUCAUGGGGAGAGUGGGAAAAGCCAUUCUCUGAAACCCGUUUGCAGUGGAAACGUAGCUGUGCCUGCGUUCUUGCACACAUCUCCGCCUGAGCCAGCCAGCCAGCCAGCCCUUUUUAUAAACCCCUGGGGGGGCCUUCUUUUCCUCCGGGCCCCAAAGAGCUCUAUUUUUUAUUAUUAAAGGACUUUAACGAGGCCCUGUUGGUGUUUUAAUUGUGGCCGAGGUUUGAAGGUGGCCUGUCCUUCCGCUCUGCCGCUUGGUUAUAGACGUGGUGCUUGCAUUUUAUUCAGGGAUGGGAGCUGUGGGUGCUUGGCAAAGGGGCAGAGCUUGCCGAGUCUCUGGCAGAGGGUGUGCCACAAGUACUUGCGACCAGGCAACAACUUCAUCGGAUGUCAAGGGGAUGGGGAGGCCGACCAGCCAGGUGUCGGGAGAUUCCAGCUUCCGUCAUCCCUAAGCCUUGGCCACAUUCCAUUGUCUCUUGAGACAAUAGGUUCCCCAACAAGAAGGGGAUGGGGAACCAAUUAUCUUCCAGAUGUUUAUUUGAAUUUGUUUUUGCUUAACAACUUCCAUCAUCCCUGGCCAUGCUGGCUAGGGCUGAUGGAAGCUGGUGCCCAACAUAAUCUGCAGGGCUACAGGUUCCCCAUCCUUGUCUUCCCAUCUAUUCCUACACAAAGGGGCACAGGUGAGGCCAACCAAGGUCCAACCUUUCCCUCUCCUGUACAUGCCAUUCCAUAUACCUGCCGAAGUGCAACAGGGUGGGGGAAAAAAAGACUUCCAUGCUGGUUGGGCCUCCAGUGGACACAGUUUAUUGGUACAGCAUUCCUUCCAAGCCAGCUCUCCCCUACCUCCUCUGGUACCCGCCUCCUCCCCAGUCCCAGCAUAAAUCCCAGGAGAUGCACUUGGCGGUGGCCCGUCUGGUCAAACGGUGGCCCCUCUCUCUA